UCGCCAACAGCUUUCUGGACCAGUGACAGCUAACUUCCUCCUUCAGAGAGGAUAUAACAGAGCCUAGGUGAAGACCUGGAGUAUGUAGAGUCCAGAUCCAACUCCUUCUGCUACAGCACCAGCUACUGUUCCAGACGAUGCAGGUGUUCGUGGUGUUCCUGGUUGCCGUGGUGACCGCUGUGGCUGCAGCCUCCUCGUUCUCGAAGGACCCCGCGCUCGAGGACCCCUGGCAGGAGUGGAAGGGGCUGCACGGGAAGCAAUAUUCAGAGGAGACCGAGAGCUACAGGAGGAUGGUUUGGGAAGACAACUGGCGUUUCAUCGAGCAGCACAACCAGGAGCACGCUGCAGGGAAACACUCCUACAAGCUGGGGAUGAACCACUUCGGAGAUCUGACCAACGAGGAGUUCAAUCGGACGAUGAAUAGAUUCCACCAGGAUCCUGCCCUGGAGGAGCUGCCUGUUUUCAACUUGACCGGCAGCUCUAGACGGCCUCCGAGAGAGAUGGACUGGAGGAAUAAAGGCUACGUCACCCCUGUGAAGAACCAGGGUAGUUGCGGCUCCUGCUGGGCCUUCUCUGCCACGGGGGCCGUUGAGGGACAACAUUUCAAGAAGACACGCCGGCUGGUGUCUCUGAGCGAACAGAACCUGGUGGAAUGCACCAAAAACAAUAAGUAUAUGAACUACGGCUGUAACGGUGGACUUAUGGGAAGAGCAUUCCAAUACAUCAUUGACAACAGAGGUAUCGCCUCGGAGCAGAGAUACCCUUACACUGCCAAGGAUAACAAGCCAUGCAGGUACAGCGCAUCCAUGAAAGCUGCCAGGGUCUCUAGUUAUUGGAGGGUGCCCCGCCGGAAUGAGAAAGCCCUGCGGGAUGCUGUAGUUGCAAUCGGGCCGAUCUCUACUUGUCUCAAUGCUGGUCGACGUACCUUCCAGUUCUACCGCUCAGGCAUUUACUACGACCCCAAGUGCGGUCAGCGUAUAAACCACGCGGUCCUGGCAGUGGGGUACGGCGUGUCCUGGUUUGGGUCCGGAUCCUCCCGUCCCACCAAAUUCUGGCUCCUUAAGAACAGCUGGGGGCUCAGCUGGGGUAACAGAGGAUACAUUCGCCUGGCAAGGGAUCAAAAUAACCACUGUGGGAUUGCCAGCCAGGCUGUGUAUCCUGUCAUCUGAUACCGGACCGUGAAGGAUUGCAAACGCAGCAAAUACGACAACAAGGGUGAUCAGUAGAGGCUGUGGUUGUGCAAUGGGAGAGCAGUCUCCACAGUGUAGCUUUUCCCAGUACCCCUUUGAUUUGCUUGUUUCGCUGCACACCCGCACCCAUAGAUAAUCUGAUGAAAACCUUCCUCCUCUCUCUCUCUCUCUCUCUCUCUCUCUCUCUCUCUCUCUCUCUCUCUCUCUCUCUCUCUGCUCUUUGAAUGCUCAUUCCACCUAAUCAUUUUUUUGUUGUUGUUUCCUGAUCUCAGGCAGAGAGGUGGUCUUCCACGUAUCAAUAGGCUAGAGCAGGGCUGUCAAACUCAGUUCCUGGAGGGCCGCAGUGUCUUCUGGCUCUCGUUUUAUCCGAGCUCUCAGUUACUUAACUGGUCUAAUUAUCUGAUCAAUUGGACAAAUGUAACGCUCAAAAUGUUUCAUCGGUAGUGUGCCUUGAAUCAAUUGCAUUUUGUUCAAUCAUCAACUGUAGAAGACCUAGAAAACUAUGAAAUAUGUCCAAUUGAACAAAUAAUCAGAUCAGUUAUGUUAAUUAAGAGCUUCAGUUGGAAUUCAAACCAGUAGACCCUGUGGCCCUCGGGGACUGGAGUUUGACAGCCCUGCUGUAGAGGACUCUGUAUUAGAAUCUGUAUAAGAUGGGGCUGCUUGGUCCAGCCACUUAAACCCCACCCAUUGAAACAGUAAAGUUUGUUAAAGUUCUGCAAAGCCUGUUUUAUUAAUUGUGGGGGAACAGGACGAGCUGAAACCUUGAUCAGGCUCUGUUUCAAACCAUGUCUUGUGCAGCAUUGUGACAGCUUUCUGUUUGUUAAACAGGCUGGGAUUUAACUAAGCGAUAUAACCUCUGAUUGUGAGAGUAGGAUUAAUGAUGUCAAUUCUGUACUUUUGGUUUUCUUCAAUAAAGCUGUAAGCAUC